UGGAAAUAAACAGAUGAAUUUUCCUCGUGCAGUGGGAGGGAGGACAACUUCUACUGGCUCCGGAUACAACAAUUUGAACGAGAGUUUCACAUCUUCUGGAGGGGCAUUUGGAUUUGCAGCAACAUCCUCCUCGUCUCUCGCGCUUAGCGGCACGCGGGACAACAUCCGGAGGCAAAUGAAGACGAUGCUGAAUUCGAUUUUCGCCCGGUUUCCGCAGCUCUUCGUGGAGUCGGUCUUGCGUAUCUGCCGCGACAAGCAGAGCAUUUUACCGUCUCUCCUCGAAACACUGGCGUCCUUGGAGAAAGCCAAGCCGGAGAUCGUGUUGCGGUGUGUGGCGGUCGCGUUCGAAAAGGAGCUGAGUUGCAGUGUGGGGAGCAACAAGAACAAAACCAGGACUGCUUCUUCGAAAGAAGUUCCCCGGGAAGUCUCAUCUGCGAAGAAUGAUCAUGCCGAUUCUAGUAUAGAAGCGGCAUUCACGACACACAACGAGGAUCCUACGACUUUAACGGGACGACCAACCACUUCCAAUUUGCGAAAUUACCAGCACGGCACUUCGGGCACUAGAGCAAGUACUACUCAAGAUGGCUCUACUAGCUCCCGAGGACCGAACGUCGCGCAAGAGACCACUCCUGUAUCAAGCUGUAUCCCGCCGAACGAGGAAAACUUGCUUCUCUAUUUCCUGUACAGCUACAUGUCGCACUGCAGUCGCGGGCUGUCCUCGCUGGAGAUCCUCUGGAAGAGCGUCGCGCGUAUCGCCACCGCCGCGGUGAAGCAUUCUAAGCAGCCCGUGACGAUGCUAUGGGUGCUGUCCUUGAUCCAGCUGUGCGAUGGGAUUACACAGCGGAACCUCGCCGUGAACGCGAGAAGGAGUAAAACAGGCCGAAAUACGACCAGUAAUGGAAGUGCGUUGCAGCAACCAAUCCUCUACGAGCAGCAAAUUUUCGAUCAGUUGGACAUCCGACGGUUCCGGAAAGACGUCACCGCGCUGGUGGUCUUUCUGAUCGGAUUAGUGGCCAUGGAGCAGCCGACAGAACUGCUGAGUGGCAGUACUAGCAGUAGCUUGAGAAAUAAAGAACAUACAACUUCCGAGGCGCAUCACUUGCUGCACCCGCCACUGCCCCCGCAACUCGAAAUGACGCGUGAGUAUGAUGGUGCGCAGAAGAAGUUCUGGCACCAAAAAACAUUGCAGGCAAGGUCGAGAGUGCAGACACCUGGUGUAUCUUCGACUUCUGGAGCUGGGGUGGAAAUAAAAGACGGAAAGGACCCACGGCAGCAGCUGAACAGCAACAAUAAGAUUCUAAAGACUGCUGGAGCGAGCACGAGCAGUAGCAACCUCGAUAUGCUGAAUAAGCACAAGUCCGUUUCUUGUUUGCCCUGCGCGGGCCCCGGCGGAACCUUCGGUAGUCGAGGGAAUACGAAUUUUGAUCGUUCCCCAGAUGAAGCAGCAACGGUUCAUCCUGUCAAAACUGCAUCAUCAUCAGGCGCUCAUUUGGAUCUCAGCUGGAUGGUACAGCAGCUACAGCAGAAGCAGACUACUCGAGGACCGCAUCAAACCCUAGUCGCAUCUUCUUCCCCCUCCGCACCAUCAGCACCCCCACCUCCCCUUCCCGCUCGUGAUCAACUCGCGAUUUGCAGUUUGCGCUUUCUCAUCGUUUUCCUUUGCGACGUGAACGAAUGCAGCUCGACGCAGACGAGAUUCGGGACCUUGUUUCUGGACGCUUUACUGUACAGCAGCAAAUACUGUAGUUUAGUGCAUUCCGUCACCCACAACGAGCUCCAAUAUUUGAAAAUUGACAAGGGAACGACCAAGCUUUUUCAAGAAGAGUGGGUCUACCUACUGCUAACCUCGGUCGCGAACCUGCCGUUCGAUUUGUACCGGGAGAGCAUUCUGAAGACGAAGUUGAACAAAACGCUCGUGUCCGCAGUGAACAGCCCGAACUUCUUCGCUUUGAACGUUUCUACCGCCCGUAGUUUGCGUUGCUGGGCCGAGAUCGUGGGCGAAUUGCUGUUGUAUUUCCACGCGGAACAGUUGGGGUUUCCAACUGGAAGUGGGGCGGGCGGGACAAGUGGGAGCGUAUCAAAUGCAAGAAUGUCUGGGUCUGGAAGAGUGCAUGUUUGUCAUGCUUGUCUGGCAUGACUCUUAAAUCUGUCAUGCAAGUUACCCAAGAGCUCUAUUCUUCUGUGAUGCAGAAACGCAGUUUGAUUGUCAUGAUGAGUAGGCAACACCUAGAAGCUCAGAAACUUGUCAUGCUGAGCCAGCACCUGUGGCCUCAUCAUGAGACGCCACCCAGCAUCACAAGUUUCCAGACCCAGACACUUUUGCAUUUGAUAGAGCGAGGAAGAACGCGAUGAACAGUGUUACGCGAGAACAAGAACCUCUCGAGGAGCAGGCGUGGAGGAGAAUUGUGGAACAAUCGGGGAGUUGCAGCAAAGGGGAACAGCCAUGGGAUCUAAGCAAAAUUCGUUUUCGUUUUCCUCCGCUUCCCGAGAGCAGCAGCAGCACCUGCAACGAAUAGAAGUCUCGUCAUUCAACAGAAACAACGGCAACAGCGUCGGAUUGCUGAAUGGAGGUACACCAGGACGCAACAUCGGCAACAGGGUUGCAAAGUCACACACGUCUCUGCUCGGCGACAUAGAGGACGACUUUGAAGACAUUAGAACUACUCCGGAAAAUUUUCUUCUCGAAGAUGAAUCACCGGAACAAAUUCUGUCAGCCCAACAUCGGCCGCAAGAAGGACUAAUGCAGCAGUUGCACAGAGUACCCGCAAGGAAAAUCAAGAGCCGGCACCAGAAGCAGCGCGCGGAGGUGUUGGCGAACGACGGGCAGGUGCAGUUGUUGUUUCAGAUCUGUUGGCCCUCGAAAACCUCAUUGCUGCAGUCCGUCGAGCAGGACCGGGCGCAGCGGUUGCAGUUUCUCCGGCGACUCUGCUUCGUUCUGUACGCGGGGGCGGAGAACCAAUUUGCGAGUGAGCUACGGGUAUCAAAUGUAAAAAUGUCUGGGUCUGGAAGAUUUUUAGAUUUGUCAUGCAUAUUUUCCAUGACCCAUGAUGUCUGUGAUGCAUACUGUAGCAUCACAGAUUUUUAGAGCGCUUUGUGAUACCUCUACCGCAUGAGAAAUGCCCUCUCCUCGUAGCACAAACUGGAGUCCUCUUGCUGGUCAUUUUAGUGGUUGAGGGGUAAAUAAGGUCAUGCAAUACAAUUUUUUUCAAAAUCCAGAGACAGCAUUACAAGUUUAGAAUGUUCCAGACCCAGACAUUUUUGCAUUUGAUAACGAGACAUCAUGGACAAACUGUCCGAGUGUCUGCAGACCGUGGCCAAUAGCGACUUGCAGUUGGGCGGUGGUGGGGCUACAGGCGGCGUAGGGAAUCCUCGGAAUUUCUUUAGCAAUACUUCCUACAUGCCUGAGGAACAUGAAUUUAUUUCUGGCGCAUAUAAUUCCUCGUCUUCCACCUACAACGACUACUACGAUGACAACGACGCGGUGCGGACCUGCGUCGGGCCCAGCAACGCCAUCCCCUCGCCGCAAGUGCUGUCGAAAACGGCCCGGUAUUUUUCGGAACUGCGUUCGGAGGUGUUGUUCGUGAUCCGGAUGUUGUUACUGAAGAUGAGUCCGCGGUACCUGACCCCCUGUUGGCCCAUGAUUCUCGCGGAACUGAUCGGUGUGUUCUCGUCGUUGAGCACAAAUUGUCUCGCGGUCGUGCCCCCGCAAAUUGUUGCAAAUAGCAGAAGCGGCCGAGAGGGAGAUGGAAUUGCAAACCAAGAAAACCAGCCGAAAACUUCUUACCCGAAAUACUACCUGGACAUCGACCAGAAACAGGUUUUGGCGGCGUUAAAAUUGGUGGACAUGGUAUCAAAUGUAAAAAUGUCUGGGUCUGGAAGAAUGCGCGAUUUGUCAUGCUGCUUUUCCAUGACCCACGAGGUCUGGAAUGCCGGAGCUAGCAUGACAGAUUCUGCGAGACCUUUCUAAUGCCUAUCCUGCAUGAGAAACUACCUCCCGACUUGGUCAAAACUGGACGACUUUUGGUAAUCAUGCAACACAGAUUUUUGCAUGCUGCAUAUUUCGCAUGACAAGUUACAAUCUUCCAGACCCAGACAUUUUUACAUUUGAUACAUGGCGGGACUGCUGGAUUUAGAGGAGUACACACUGCAUAGCUGGAUGUUCCAACCAAUAGGCUGUAAAACUUCGUCAAAUCUUCGAGCAGACGGCGGUGGAGGGUCCUCUUCGGGUUUGAAUAGCAGCACGGCAGCCGAGAUAAACUACAGCCACAAGGAUCUCGCUGCUGACCUUCACGGAAAUAACAAAUUGAAAAAGUUCCGGCCCUUUUCCGUCACUUUAAAACGCCUCUUGGACAAGGCCGCAAAUCCGGAUUUUGGGGAACAAGAACUCUCCAGCACCGCCAGCACAGUUUCUAAAUCCACCUCCAUCUACGCGCAGUCAGCGGCGAGCUCGAAAGUUUCUUCGGGAGUGGCAGGACGAGGAGAACUACAAGAUAAUUCAUCUUCUACUUCGAGCGAAAAUAGUAAUCAGUUUUCGCAGGGACAGGGAGUGAUAAAUGCCAAGGGGCAGAAUGUGUGCAUCGAUAAAGACACGAGGUUGUCGGAUGCGUGCCGGGUCUUGAACGACGCCAGUAUCCACACCAUUCUCGCCCGCCAGCGAAUCACGCACGAAACGCGAAUGCGGCUCGCGGCCCGAGAUUUUCUGCCGGCGAACGCUCCGGAAACGCCCGAUUUUGAAGCGCGAGAGUAUUUGAGCAAGAUGGAAAUGUUCUAUGUGGCGCUGGGGUCGACAACGAUGUCUGCGGGGUUUGGUUAGAAGAGAGAGUGGUGGCCGGGGAGGUGUGUUACAGGAUAUUGUAGAUUUUUUGGUUGGUUGUAUAGGUAAUCUGCCCGCUUUUGGAUUCUUACAUAUAAUGACGAACGUUGCAGUUGUUGUCCGCAACAAAGCCAUCUAUGCCGAAUUCUUGAUGCCGAGUUUUUGGAAGAAUCAUGUCAAUAAGAUUCAUUUUCAUCAUAAAAAUGUAUACGAACAAGAAAAAUUACAGCUAAACUGCCGGGCGCAGAUGUUGGUGAUGCGAAAAAAUGUUUGAAAGCUAUCUUCCAGAGAACAAAGACAUGCUGAAACCGUUCGAAGAAUGGGUUGUUGUGAGGUUGAAACUAUUCUUAGCAAAGAGACAUGAGCUUCAUGUCCAAUUCCUCUUUGCAGAUUAAGUACUGAGUAGACCAUCAAAU